AUGCAUAUUGGAGUGGCCUGUAAUGUAAAGAGCCCAUACGUUACCAGAUGCAUAACUUUAGUGCAGUGUCUUCGCGUCCGUCCGCAUUCGAGUAUUUUCGGUGCCGAUGCUUCAACACCUAAGAAAUCCACAAAGGAGAAGCAGAUGACCCGAGCUGGCGACACCAGUGCGUCCAAGACGUCCACGUCUACUACCGCGAAAUGUAUUCACGUUGUCCUUCUGGAUCUCCAGCACAACUUCCUGGGAAAUGAAAAGUGCUGACUAGUGCCCGCACAACUCUUGGCUCGCACUGGACACAAAUCAGUCUCAACCGUGUUCAAUACUUUUUUGUUUGCUAUUUUUUUGGUUUUCCGUUUACUUUAGCUACAUACAAUGUUA